CGACAUUUCCGGGCCAGAUUCCGACCUCCAGCUAUAUAGAGAUGGACGUUAGAAGUACUAUCCAACUUACUACACCACUACUCUUCUACAAUAAUACCAUAUAGGUAUACUGCCUUAUUCUCUACACUCCUUACUACUCACUCCUACUCAUGGAUAAACCACAUGAACUGAAUCUGGCCGAGUAUCAGGCGCAAUGGAACGAGAUCCACGAGCAGACGGUGAAGCAGAUCGAACGGAUCAAGGAACAGAAGGGAAAAGACACCACUCCGUUACACCAUAGACAUAGAAGACCCGAUACCCAUUAAUGCACCCUGAUUUUUAUACCAAAGGAAGCUGCUUCCACUGCAGCACCGGAGACGGAGGGGAG